GAAUUUCUGGAGGUCGUAACGUGGGAGUCGAUCUCAAUGCUGUUGGUAGAUGGUGAUCUCCAGUAUCUAUGGUAAAAGAAGUCGGGGACAGUGAAUACAAUUUUCCAUAUGUUGAAUGGCUAAAGAAAAAGAUUCAUGUUACUCCUUUCUAUAGAUUCCCGAAUAAUACUCUUAGAGUUUUAUCAGUGGGACGAAUCCCAUUUGAUAUAAGUGGUUUUUUCUAGAAACGCCUCUUCACGUAAUGAUACUAUUGAUCGUUUCAAACCAACUGCUUCUUGUUUUCGUGCCGAAGGCACAUGUGUCAAAUAUUCGACCUGUCUGUAUCUCCUAUCACUAAUAUUGUAUCAGACGAUUGGUCAAUUGUAUUUUAACCAAUCAGCUUGCAAAACGAAUAGAUGACCUUGUAUGAAUAAAACGCGUCCAUUCAGUGGGUGUUACCAUUCUUGUGUAAUGGGCUGUGAGGACAAAGAGCCAGGUCUCGUAGUAAUAGGUGCGGGUCUGGGUCGCACCGGUACCAAUAGUUUGAAAAUUGCUUUGGAGUUACUUUAUAAAAAGCCCUGCUAUCACCUAAAGGAAAUAUACUUGCAUCAACAUUCACACAUCACGAAAUGGAUGGAACUUGAUAGAAAAUUAAAUGAAUCACCAGAUAAAAAACUUGAUAAUGCUCUGUGUCAUAAAAUAUUCAAAGGAUACACGGCUGCCAUCGAUCAUCCUUCAUGUGCAUACUACAAGGAGUUAUUAGAACUUUAUCCUGAUGCAAAAGUUAUUUUAACUGUUCGUGAUCCUGAGAUAUGGUUAGCUGGUUGUCGUUCUACUAUAUUACCUAAAGAUAUAGAUCAACCACGUUCAUGGUCAUUUCAAUUAUUAAGAAAAUGUAUUGGUUUACAACAAUUUCAUGAAUUAUUUGUUAUGAAUUGUAAACGUGUAUUUGGUGAGAAUAUGGAUUUUACUAAUGAUACAUCUAUGUUAAAUGGUUUUGUUAAUUGGAAUCAAACUGUUAUUAAAACUAUACCAUCUGAUCGUUUAUUAAAAUUUGAUAUAAGUCAAGGUUGGGAACCAUUAUGUAAAUUUCUUAAUUUACCAAUACCAAAUUGUCCAUUUCCACAUGUUAAUGAAUAUAAUGAAUUAAGACGUUUAUUAAAAUUAGAAAAACGUAUAUUAAAAUUUUCACAAUGGAUUUUACCAAUGUUAAUAUUGUUUAUUAUUGCUUAUAUGUUUUGUAAAUUUUUAUUAUAAACUAAUUUACACCUAACUUAUUUCAGUAUGAAAAUACGCCUAGUUUUUUUUCUUUUUCCAAUGUGUUACCUCUUUUCUGUGUUACUCUCUUACUGUUGUGUUAUCUAUUAUCAUUGAUUUGAAGUUUAUGAGAGUAUCUCUUGUAUUCUGUAUCUUCCUUUGGGUGAUGUUUAUUUGAUAUCUUGUUUUGUUUAUUACAGGAUGUAAUGAACUUAUCAUCACAAUUGAUUUGUAUGUACGUUAGGUGUGUGUGUGUGUAUGGGUGUGAGCGAAUGUGUAGAGUUUGUUGAUAAACACACAUGAAGCACUCUACAUAUCCAUAAAUCGUGUGUGUGUGUAUUUUUUAAUCGAUAGUGUUUUUGUGCUGCACUCUGUAUCUUGUCAAAGUUAUUCUUAUGAAACUCGAUCUCUUGUAACAACUGUUGGUAGUUGUCUUUCUUUUUCUGAAUUGAUCAUUAAUAUAUUUCAAAACGGGUUUUCAUCUACUUUUAAAAUAAUUACUGAUUCAUGAGCUAAUGGGUUUAUUCAUGUGUUAUUCUUUUCUAAGUUUAUUACUCAGGAUCACUGCUCCCUUACAAAUUGUACUCAGUUCGUGUGACUUUGAUUGCUUUUUUAUUUUUAAAGAAAAAGUAUAAUGAUUUGUG